AUGCAUUUCAAUUUCAAACUUUUCCAAAAAGUCAAUACUUUGUUGAAAAAAUUAUCGCACAACCCGAAUUGAUACUCAAAUAUAUAGUGUGCUUGCGUUGUCAUUCUCUUUACUUACCUGCGGAAUUGCAUUUAAAAAUUUCGGAACAUACAAAAUGCCCUAUAUGUCAAAAAGUCUUAACGAAGGCUAUUAGGGGGUCAGAUGGAAAACUUAAAUAUAAACCUCAAAUGAUUUAUCCUUAUCAAUCUAUUAUUACAAGAAUUGCGUCAAUAUUAGCAGAUGAAUCAAAUGAAAGGUUAAUGGAUUCACCAUUUAAGCGGCAAAUUGAGAAUGGUGUAUUAGGUGAUAUUUAUGAUGGAAAAGUUUGGCAAGAAUUUUUAGAUGAGCAAGGACAGCCAUUUUUUGUAGGGGAUAAAACUGAU